AUGUCUUCCCAGACAGAAGCUGUCACCACUGCCCAUGAGCAUUUGGCCACGGGGACCAAUGGGUUUGCAACGAACAAGACCGAGGUGCCCGCGCCCGCACCCGUACCUCGCAAGCACAGCAAGUACCGCCAUGUCGCGGCGUAUCACUCUCAACAACGCCAUUCGAGCCUGAGCCGGGAAGCGCAGGUGACACCCAGCUUUCUUGGGUUUCGAAACCUGAUGGUGCUGGUGCUCGUCGCCAUGAACCUUCGAUUGAUCAUUGAGAACUUCAUGAAAUAUGGUGUACUGAUCUGCAUCAAAUGCCACGACUAUCGCAAACAAGACGUGAUCCUGGGAUCCAUCCUGUCCGCCCUCGUUCCAUGUCAUCUCUUCCUGGCAUAUGCCAUUGAACUGUCAGCCGCAGGCUCGGCCAAGCAGACGGUAGGUCGCCAGAAGAAGACGACCGAAGAGAAGGAGCGGGACCAACAGGCCUUCCGGUCCACCUGGCCUUAUACAGCCUUGCUUCAUACCUUAAACGCGACCCUGUGUCUUGCCGUGACCAGCUUCGUCGUUUAUUUCUACAUUCAUCAUCCUGGCAUUGGCACCAUCUGCCAGCUCCACGCCAUCAUUGUCUGGUUGAAGAACUGCUCCUACGCCUUCACCAAUCGAGACCUGCGCCUCGCCUAUCUCCAUCCCUCCGCCGACCCGGGCUUACCGGAGAUCUACGCUGCCUGUCCCUACCCCCAAAAUGUCACCCUCAAGAACCUCGCGUAUUUCUGGAUGGCACCCACCCUGGUCUACCAGCCAGUCUAUCCCCGUAGCGCUUCGAUCCGGUGGUCCUUCGUGGGCAAGCGGCUGGCGGAAUUCGUUGGGUUGUCGAUGUUCAUCUGGCUGCUGUCCGCACAAUAUGCCGCCCCUGUUCUGCGCAACUCGAUCGAAAAGAUCGCCGUGAUGGAUAUUGCAUCCAUUCUGGAGCGGGUCAUGAAGCUUUCCACGAUCUCAUUGAUUAUCUGGCUGGCAGGGUUCUUCGCGCUGUUCCAGGCGCUGCUCAACGCGCUGGCCGAGGUGAUGCAGUUCGGUGACCGCGAGUUCUACACCGACUGGUGGAACAGCUCCAGUCUAGGGGUGUACUGGCGAUCAUGGAACCGGCCCGUGUAUCUGUUCAUGAAGCGGCAUGUGUACUCGCCGCUGGUGGGCCGCGGCUGGAGUCCCCUGGCGGCGAGUGGGAUGGUGUUUUCGCUGUCUGCGAUCCUGCACGAGAUGUUGGUGGGAAUCCCCACGCAUAAUUUCAUUGGUGUUGCAUUCUUCGGCAUGAUGUUCCAGCUGCCACUCAUUGCUCUGACCGCACCGUUGGAGAAAAUGCACGACCCGUUGGGGAAGACUGUUGGAAACUGUAUCUUCUGGGUCAGCUUCUGUCUGGUAGGACAGCCUCUUGGAGCGCUGCUAUACUUUUUUGCGUGGCAGGCCAAAUACGGGAGCGUCAGUCGCAUGCGCGUCUAA